AUGUCUGGCACGGACGGCGAUCCGUCGAGCUCCACGCGGAUUCAAGGGUUUUCUCUCGCGGCCAUCGGAGUCACAUCCUUUGGCGGGGAGGGUUUUCAAUUGGGCCAGCUCUCCCCUGGUGCUGACCCUGUGACCUAUGAAGAGGGCAUUGCGGCGCGGCGGGCUUCGGAGGAGCAGCGAUGGCAGAAGGCAAUGGACGACCUGCGUGCUAUUGAGAAGCAGUCGCCUGAGGAACGUCGCGACCCGACUUGGGUGCCGGGUAAUGCGGAUGCUGGCGCUGCGAGUGACGGUGAUAGCGGUGGCGAGGUACCGGAUAAGACUAAGUGGCCGUGGGAGCACGCUGCCACAUGGCCUGACGUUCCGGCAGCCGAGACGGGGGCCGGGCCGAGUGGGUUGACCGGAGGAGCCGUCGUUGGGGGGGGUAGGCAGGGUACCAUCGAUCAGUAUGUCACGACUCGGGUUGGAGAGCGGCAGCUGCGCGAGGCCUUGGUGAUGCUGUUCACCGGCCUUGACAUGUCGUUCCGUUCGGUCGACAGGCCCGCGUUUCAUGACUUCGUGGCCCUGCUUAACCCGGACGCGGCGCAGCAUCUCGGCACACGUUUCCGCCUUGUGCGGGAUAUGCUGUCUGGAGCCGAGACGGCUAAGGCUCAGCUUCGACAGCUGUUGACAGGUGACGGUCUGGCGGGGCGGGUGACACUCACCACUGACAUAUGGACCAGUGAGAACAACGUCGUUUUCAUGGUGGUGACUGCUCACCGAGUCACCUCGGACUUCCAGCUGCAGCAGAUGGUGAUCGACUUCAGGCCGCUGGAGGGCCGCCACACGGGGGAUAAGAUAGCGACCGAGCUGGAGGAGGUCAUAGGGGAGUGGGCAUUGGGUGGUGGUGAGUUCUUCGGCGUGACGACGGACAACGCCGAGAACAACAACCGGGCGGUUCGUUUGUUGGCCGGCGUCCCUGACGACACACUGGGGUCACGUCCGCGUGACCCCGCCGUCAUGUCCCUGUCUCGGCACUUCAAGUAA